GCCCGAGUGUAUCCCAGUGUCAAAGAGUCAGCAUUUCAGAUAGAUACGGUUUUUUAUCAAUUAUAAGGAAUUCAUGAAUGGAAGAAAGAAAAACAAAUUUAACAUUGUAGUAUUUGACCAGGUACUUCCAAGAAAAAGCUACGUGUGCAUAUCCAAAAAGGAUGAAAUAUACGUUGCAUAAGUUUAAACUGCAUUCCAUUUGUUGUCUGCUUGUAUAAGAGGGAACACGGAGAGAGUAGAACUAAAAGUGAUAACCUUUUUCUGCAGAGAGAAGCUGAAGAUUAUGGGGCGAACGUUUGUGUAUCUUUGUCUAUGUUCACGUCUUUUGACUAUCGCUCUUUGCAAAACUCAUGAUCAUCCAGAGUAUCUGCUUUUCGACAAUUUAUUCAACGGUUACAACCCCGAUGUACGACCAACACUAGAAUAUCAACACACUUUAUUUAUGAAUGUAUCUGUCAAUCUAAUAGCCCUGCAUUCAUUGGAGGAGAGGUCUCAGACCCUUACUGCCACCGUCUGGAUCGACCUGGAGUGGACAGACGUACACUUGACCUGGAACGGGAGCGAGUACAACAACAUCCAGUCCAUUAUAGUUCCCUCUGAAAAGAUCUGGAAUCCAGAUAUCUGUGUUACCAACGAAGUGACCAAUAACAAAUGUCUUGUCAGGUCGGAAGACGGAAAGGCGUUAUUGGAACACACUGGGAAGGUUACAAUAUGGUGGAACAAGGAAGUGAAAACCGGAUGUGAUGUGGAUAUAAGCCAAUAUCCUUUUGAUACACAAAAUUGUGCGAUUAAAAUUGGAACCUGGUAUUCAGUGGACGAGAAUAUUAGACUUGUACAAAAGUACGAUAUAUUAGAUUUAGAUAAUUAUUCCCCUAAUGAAGAAUGGGACAUCGUAUCCUCACAUGUAACAGAAAUUCCGGUAGAGGAUGAAUUGAAUUACACAGAUCUCCAGUUUUCCAUGGUUAUUGAUAGAAGGCCCUUGUUUUAUCUCUACAGCACUGUCCUUCCUAUUUUGUUACUGUCGGUAUUAAAUAUGGUGUGUUUCGUUGUCCCUGUUGAGUCCGGGGAGAAAUUAGGAAUGACGAUGGCGAUAUUCCUUACCUUUGCCGUAUUCAUGACUAUGAUCAGUUCAAACAUCCCCAAAUCGUCUGAACACGUGUUCAAGUUCGGUAUAUUCAUGACCAUGCACCUGUUGAUGAGUGGUUUAACCAUUAUGCUAGAAGUUUUUGUCACCAAUAUAUACUACAAGCCAAAGGACAUGAAAAUGAACGGGUUUUACAAAUGGAUGUUCAGGCAUCUCGUGGACAAUGAUAAAAAUGACAACGAGAUAUCAGCAAGUCGACCUGCAAACACCAGAGAACGACUCUCUUGUGCAGUCGACGAAACAGACCCGUGGCAGAAACUGUCCCUCAGAUUGGACAAAGUGUUUGGAUAUAUUGUAGCAUCAAUUAAUACUCUGUUAAUACUUUCGUUUUUCGUUACUGUGAGCUUGGGUUAGACACAUAUUUUUUUUAUCUAUUUCACAGUUUAAGUAACCGCACCAUGUAUAAAUACAGUUGUAUCGAAACAUUCAUUGAUUAAUCUUCCAUAGUAUUAUUGAAAAGAGAGUAGAUAGAAAAAAACGCAACAUCAGUUUGUUUGGUGUUAACGUAGAUUUAGAUACUAAACAAUAUUUGACUAAUGUGUCAAAUGAAUGUUACAUAUUUUGUUUACAUUUUUUUACGAAGAUAAAAAUACACACUGGCUGAC